CAGAAAUGGUCCAAGGGAAAGAUGAAGGAGAAGGUCAACAAUCAAGUCCUCUUUGACCAGGCAACGUAUGACAAACUGCUUUCGGAGGUGCCGAAGUACAAGUUGAUCACACAAUCAGUCCUCUCCGAUCGCCUCAGGAUCAAUGGAAGCCUUGCACGGGCGGCCAUGCAGAUUCUCAGGGAGAAGAAUCUGAUCCGCGCAGUAGCAGUGCAUGCAACUCAGUCCAUUUACACAAGGGCGACCAACACAGAGGCAGAGGCACCUGAGGGCAAGGCACAGAAGGGGAAGGGAAAGUGA